GCCAUCUUGGUUUUGGUCGGUCUUGGCUGGCUUCUUUACUGCAUCCUGUUUUUUAAGCAAGGUCUUUAUCACCUUGUAUCUUGUGUCAACCUCCUAUCUCAUUCUGUGACUUAGAAUGCCUUAAACAUCUGUGAAUGCAGCCCAGUAGGUCUUAACCUCAUUUUACCCAGCCCUUAUUCAAGAUUGAGUUACUCUGGUUCAAACGUCUCUGACAAAACUAGAUAAAGUGAUUGAGAGGCAUGAUGAUGGCUGAGAUGCUUUAGAGAAUGUGGUCCAGGAGGCUGUCUCAGGAGGUGGCAUUGAAGCUAAGACCGAAAAGAGGCCGUCAGUGAGAUCUGGAGGGAUGGUCCCAAGAAGGAAUAAUAGCGAGAACACAGGCCCUGAGCUGUGUGAGAAGCAGAAAGGCAGCCAAGGUCACUGGACUGUAGAGAGUUUGGGGCCAGUGCUAGGAAUUGAGUCAGAGAGAGAGGCCAAAUCUGGCUUGUACAUGUGGUGAGGAAAACACUUUGUGCUUAAGAAGUAAUUACCACUAAAAAAAUAAAUAAAAAAAAACCCCAAAAAACGUGGUGAAACCCCAUCUCUACUAAAAAUAAAAAAAUUAGCCAGCUGUGGUGGCACAGACCUGUAAUCCCAGCUUCUUGGGAGGCGGAGGCUCAAGAAUCGCUUGAACCCACGAGGCGGAGGUUGCAUGAGCCAAGAUGGCGCCACUGCACAACAGCCUGGGAGACAGAGCGAGAGUCCGUUUCAAAAAAAGAAAAGAAAAUCAUAAACAAUGUUGAGUGACCAAAGAACCUGAACGGGCACAGAGUUAAAAGCUUCAGGCAAAAAAAAAAUAUUACCUGUUAUUUAAUAUUUUGCUCCUAACUUGAGCUGUAAACCCACGUCUUCCAAGGGCCCGAACUCACACUCACCCACAAGGUCACGUUACUUUUGUCCCAACUCAGAGGUGAGUUAAUAGAAAAAAUAACUGUGUUAGCUGCUCUCCUGAGAUUCACUCCCCCAUCCUUCCGUUGGUGGUGCACUUUUGAAAUUGCCUAUCUUGCUAGGCGUUGGGGCUACGAAGGGGAAGGAGGCAGGCAGGGUUUAUGCAGAAGGUUGACUUCAGCUAAACUGGAGUGGAGGGCCAUUUAGUCACUUUGUUCUUCUUUUCCUGGCUGUGCAGAAGCAGAAUAAAGGCUGCUAUUCAUGCUUUGAUGUUUAUUCAGACCAGGCGUUUGUUGUCCUUCACCUCAGGAAGGAUUGCUGGGGGAAGAAAAAGAAAAAAGCAGAAGUUGCUUGAAGACAUCUUCCGCCUUGUGAAAGCUUAGGCUCCUUGAGGAAAUGCUGCUGGUGUCCUGGACGGGCGGGGAGGGAGGUUCCCUUGGUGACUGACAGUCUCUGUGAGCUAAUCAGCAGUGGGCAGUGAGGACUGGACGUUCUCCUCCAAAAUCUCUGCCGAAGACCGCGGAGACCACCCUCAACUGACCCUGGACCCUUGGGGAGGGAGUUCCCCAAAUGCAUAAAUCUGGAGUUCCCAUCAGCCUGGCAGAAUAGGAGGUCAGAAUUAGGGCCCAUCUAGAGGCUGCAGGGCACGUGUGCGUUUUGAAAGAUGCCUUUGACUUUGAAAGCUCAUCUGAGAUUGCAAACCUCAUCUUGGCUGAGAACUUCGAGGCUGCCCUGGCUCUUCAUCUCUAUAGGGGAGGCAGGCUUUUGCAAGGCCACCGAAUCCCUUUUGGAGUCAUCUUUGGUGGAACUGAUGUAAAUGAAGAUGCCAACCAGAGAGAAAAAAACACAGUCAUGGGCAGAGUUCUUGAGGAGGCCAGAGAUUAACCAAAGUGCUGAUAAUUUGCACAUAUUUCUUCUGAUAUGUGGACUUCGACAAGUUAAGGAUCCUCUCUAUCUGGUGGACGCAUUUUCAGAAUGGCAUCAGGAGGAGCCCAAUGUGUACCUGGUGAUUGUGGGUCCUGAAGUUGAUCCAGUGUUUACAAGGGAAGUGAAAGCCAAAGUGAAAAAGUCCCCUGGGGUACGACUGAUUGGAGAGAUGCCUCAAGAAGAUCUGCACGCAGUGGUGAAGAAUUGCUUCGUGGUGGUGAAUAGCUCUGUCUCUGAAGGCAUGUCAGCUGCAAUUUUGGAGGCGAUGGAUUUAGAAGUUCCGGUGUUGGCCAGGAACAUCCCCGGGAAUGCUGCCGUGGUGAAGCAUGAAGUCACAGGACUGCUGUUUUCCAGUCCCCAGGAGUUUGUUCAUCUGGCAAAGAGACUGGUUAGUGACCCUGCAUUAGAAAAGGAAAUUGUAGUGAACGGAAGGGAACACGUGAGAAUGUAUCAUUCAUGGCAGGUGGAAAGAGACACCUACCAACAGCUCAUCAGGAAGCUGGAAGGAAGCACUGAAGAUUGAGGGCCCCGCCUCAUCAGACACCUGCUCUUGGACACACGGCUCUGGAUGGACACUGAGAGACAGAGUUCUGGGUCACGUGGGUCCAGUGCAGUUCAGAUAAAACCAGCCUCAGCGGAAUCCUAGAAAGUGUUCAUUGUGAGUCCCCAGAGCCACUGCGUUCGUCCCAUGUCCUUCUGUGCGUUCAGAUGCUGUCCCAGUUGUGUUCACCAGCCAAUCCUGAAGGUGCAUGAGUGACUGGGUUGACUGGGACAGGGAAAGGGGAACUGGUUUUCAGGGAAUUUGGGAGAGAAUUUGAUGACCUGCUUUAGGGCUUUGGCGUGGACAAUAGAGGCUUAUUUUCAAGCAGUCAUGGUUCAGACUCCCUCCGCCUGCCUUCUGACCAACCUCUCCUCAUCAUUGCCAGUUUGAAAGGCAAAAGCAAAACACAGACCUGUCAGCUGAGCCGAGUCCUAGCAGGAUUUUUGUGAUCUCAGGACUCUGACAGGCACGUGGGUGGCCCGAGGCUUCUCUGAACACUAGAAAGUGCUGUGAGUGAGCUCACACCCGGCACAUCUCACUUUUCAAUGGUGGAAUUGAAAGUUGUGCUUUUUAGAAAAGUGGCCAGGCUGCUCUUAGGCCCCGCCCAACUCUUGGCUGAAUUUGAGUGGAAAACCAGGGAGGAGCAAGCGCCAUGCCACGCGUGGCCUGCAAAACGCUUGUGUGCAGGCCUCCUCCUGAGAGGGAGGCCUGGGGCUUUGGGUCCAGGAUGGGCCCUUCCCCUUCCCACAUCAGGGACCCAGGGAUGGGUGUUGGAAGGGUCACCAGCCUCCAACCCUUGGCAGGAUGGAGCUCGGGUCUGCAGGGCUUUGCAGCCACACAGCGAGGUCAGUCCGGGGCCAGCCCCGCCAUCAUGGUAAUGGUGGCCUCGCCCUAUCCAUGCCAUCCAUGCCAUCCAUGGCACAUGAGGACGUGCAGUCUUCCUUGUCCUCUGCUAGUGGAAUUUGCCUGGGAGAACCUCCACUGAAUACUGAAAUUGUUGCAUGCCUGUGGAUUCCUUACAACAAUGGGGAAUGCGGUGUUUCUUCCCACCUCUUGUGGGCAGAAAGCCGUCUGCUUUGAGGAGGCGAGAAGGCAAAGCCAGGGCAGGGCGUUGCUGUGGGAAGCGUUCGGUGAAAGCGGGUUUAGACGCUUAGGAGGCCGAGGGAGAAGAUGCCACCAGCAUUGUCCUUGCUUCAAGUUUUAGGAUGUGUGAACUUUCUGCUUUCAUGUUUUCAACCAUCAUUUUUUUUAAUGGCACAACCUACAUCUUGUUUUUAAAAGAAGUAGCCUCAAAUUGAACUUCUUAAACUCUGAUGCCCUGGGGAUGAGAACAACUAGCUUGGAUCUCGUGCCGUGUAAUUCGAUGUUUCAUUCCGCUGCCUCCAUCAUGUAACAGAAUAGCUUUCCAGAAAGGCAGUUAACUGGAAACAGCAGAGGCUGCCAGCAGUGAGAGAACGGCUCAACAAUGCCUCCGGUCGCCCCCCCUCCCCCCCACCCUUGUUUUUUCCCUCUGAGGGGCCCAAGGGUUAUGGCUUUCAUGUCUUGGUGUAGGGACAGAGGAGAGAGAGGCAGAUACUGGGCCCGGAGAGAAUGGCCUCGUCUGAAUCUGGAGUAAUUAAUGCCACCCAAAGAAAAGGCCCUGCCAGGUCCAGUGUUGUCUUAGAUCUGAUGAUGCUGCUAUUUACAAAACACUGAUCGUCCGGAAGCUUGAAUAUUUUCCUCCUUGAAUGACCCUGUAGAUGCUUGACCUCCACUGUACCUCCACAUCACUAUUUAUGUCUUUGUAGGAAAAUGUGCACAUGCCCCAUGCACUAUGGAGGAAGGGCGUGUUUUUAAAUUAAUAAAGUGUGUCACCAUUAGCCAUAUGAAAA